AUGGCGACGGGCUUGCGAACGACGACGGCGACGCUCCGCCCGCUGGCGGCGUCCGCGCUGCGACCGGCGCAGUACAUCCCCCGCGUGGCACGACGAUACAAGUCAGGACCUUACGGCUACACCCAGGCCAAGGCGCUCGUCUUCUCGAAAGAGGGCGAGCCGCGCGACGUCUUGCAAUUACACACCCACUCCAUCUCCCCCUCCAUCCCCUCCUCGGCGGUCCUCCUCCGCGCCCUCGCCGCCCCGAUCAACCCCGCCGACAUCAACACCGUCCAGGGCACGUACGGCUCCAAGCCCCCCUUCACCUCCCUCAUCGGCACCCCCGAGCCCGCCGCGAUCCCCGGCAACGAGGGCGUCUUCGAGGUCCUCUCCGUCGGCUCCAAGGACCUCGGACUCGCCCGCGGCGACUGGGUCAUCCCCGCCGCCUCCUCCUUCGGCACCUGGCGCACCCACGCCGUCGCCGAGGCCAGGGACGUCAUGAAGGUCUCCCGGGACGGCCUCACCCCCACCCAGGUCGCCACCGUCAGCGUCAACCCCUGCACCGCCUACCGCAUCCUCCGCACCUACGGGCCCGGCGAGAUCCGGGCCGGCUCGGACGGCGGCAUGAAGGCGCUCGAGCCCGGGCGCGGCGGCUGGUUCAUCCAGAACGGGGCCAACAGCGGCGUCGGGCGCGCCGCGAUACAGCUCGGCAGGCUGUGGGGUCUGCGGAGCAUCAACGUCGUGCGGGAGCGCGAGUCCGAGGCCGAGACGGCGGCGCUGAAGAAGGAGCUGAGCGACCUCGGCGCCACGGCCGUGGUGACCGAGAAGGAGUUCCUCUCGCGCGAGUGGAGGGACCAGCUGAAGGAGCUCACGCGGGGCGGGCGCGAGCCGGUCGGUCUGGGGCUCAACUGCGUGGGCGGGAAAUCGGCGACGGCGGUGGCGCGGAGCCUGGGGGAGAGCGGGACGAUGGUGAGCUACGGCGGGAUGGCGAAGCAGCCGGUGAUGCUGCCGACGGGGCUGCUCAUCUUCAAGGAUUUGAGGUUCGUCGGGUUCUGGCUGAGCAAGUGGAACGAGAGGGACCCGCAGGGGCGGCGGUUCGCGAUCGAGGACGUGCUGGGCAUGAUCCGCGAGGGGCGGUUCCGGGACUCGCCGGUGGAGGAGGUCGGGUGGAGUUGGGAGACGGAGGGGGAGGUGCUGAAGGAGGCUGUCCAGGGGGCGCUGGGCGGGUUUAGGAAGGGGAAGGGGGUUUUCGUGUUUGGUGAGACGUGA